UGAGUUUUGGGUUAUUAUGAUCAUAUCAUAUUUUCUUCAAACUGUCAUUAUUUAUCUUUUAGCUAGAUUGACAUCUUAGUUAACUUCAUAAUUAGUACAAUGGAGAACUCCUUAGAUGUUGAAUGUUAUAUUUUUUUUAUGAUAAUUUCUCUGCACUCCUGUUCCAAUUAGGUCAAGAUGGCAGUGCAGUACAUGCGGCGUGUAAUUCAAAAGAAGGCAAAAUUUGAUAUUAUGGCUCUUAACUGCCCAAAGGUUGCACCAAAAACAUUCAUUCCUGCCUUAUUUGGGCAUGCUAGUGGUGAUAAAUUCAUUCAACCUCAUCAUUCUGACCUCAUAUUUAAAUCCUAUGCGGGAGAUAAAAAUAUUAUAAAAUUUGAUGGUGAUCACAACACUUCAAGGCCACAGUUUUAUUAUGAUUCAGUGUCCAUCUUCUUCUACAAUGUUCUUCACCCUCCUCAGAUUCCUUCUGCUUGUUCCAGUAAGCUUGAGAAAUAUUAUGACCUUGAGGAUUUGAAGGUUGGUGCUGGUAUGGAUGAGAGUUUGCUGUAUGAAAUAAUCACCAGUCUUCGUUCUGCUUCUGCUGAUGCUGCAAGUUCAUCUUCUGCACCUUCUAGCAUUUUGACCACAAAACCAGUUGCAGAACUGCUUUCAGAAGUUGCCCCACUUACUGGUGUGGUAGAUUGCAAUCUUAACGAGGAUGUUAGCCUUAACAUGGAUGACCCUUCCAAUUUACAGGAUAAGCCUAAUGGCCCAAAUGAGGAAUGUUGCUCGUACACCAGCUCAAAUAGGGAGAGUUGGGGUAGAUGUUCUUCAUUGGGUGGCAGUGAUGAAGAAUCCUCUGCAGACUGUAGAACUGCUGACAAUAGCCAUCAGGUUGCUCUUGAUGUGCUUGCAACACCUCUACGAAGCAUGCAACCAAAUUCAUCAAAUCCGCCAAAAGAGGAAAAGAAGAAAAAGAAGAAAGUUCCAACAGCCCCAAAGAAGCCUAAACGUGAGAAGUUUGAAAAGCUGGAGGCUCUUAGCAAACGUCUACGUCUUUGCAUCCUAAAGCGAGUAAACCAUCAGAGACGCGCGUCGUCAUGAUUGCUCCUUUGCCAUACAAGGCAUCUGUAAUUGCAGUUGUUUAGGUUUUUUUCCCAAGCUUUACCAUGCUGAUGAACAAGAAGCUUCGGUGUCUCACAAGCAUCUGUUCUAUUUUGAUUUCUAGUUUGUAUUUUAUUCCACGUGGGGUUUCACAUAGUUCAUGCCUCAAAUCAGAAGUCAGAAGGCUCAUAUUUUGUUUUUGAGAAGCGUUGCGUGUUUCAAAAGCUCCAAGUUAAUCUACAUAGAACCAUGGAAGUCUCCUAGCAUCCGUAGGAGGCCUGGCCCCCAAGAACCAAGGCCUGCCCAGAGGUGCAACUGAGGAGCAACCAGGGCAUGUAUCACUGCUGUUUGGAAAAAUUUUUAUUUCAAAUGAACGUUUAACUGUAUUGGCCAUCCAAAAUAGAUCACAUUUUAACCGCCCUGAUUGAGAAGUUUCCAAAAGCAAAUUUAUAAGCAGUGCUUAGGUUAAAUCUAACAAUCUCCAACGUCUGUCACUAACACAGCAUUCUUUUACCUAGCUACACAUUUCCUCCAAUAAAUACACGACAAAGCCAAAUAAAAUAAAGUACAUAUACCAUGUGGCAAUGAAAUUACAGAUCACUU